AUGGGUUUCGAAGGCUUCUGCAAGACGCCCUUCUGGGAUCUCAACGUCACGUGGCACACAGAGAACCCCCAGCUGACACCUUGCUUCGAGUUCACUGUACUCACUUGGAUCCCUUUCCUGGUUCUGGUAGUGUCCUUACCUUCCAAGAUGGCUUCUUCCCUGGGCCCCAAGGUCAGGCCGUACCCGAUGACCUUGCUCACCUAUUUAAAGUACUUUAUGACAUCUUAUCUUUGCCUCAUAUAUAGCCUAGGGAUCUACGCGGAUCAUUCAUCUGGCAUCCCCGACUCCGAGUUUACAGCUUCAAUUGUACAGACAGCAGGUUGCUCAAUAGCGCUUCUGUACCAGAUUGUUGAUCAGAGGCGAGCGCGAAGGACAUCUGACGUCCUGUUUACCUACUGGACGAUGAGCAUGCUGUGCUCGUUCCCCACGUAUUAUAGAAUGUUUCGGAAUACGUUCAGCAGCCUCAGCACUGUGCUCCCGUCUGGGUACCACUACACCGUCAGCAUGAUUGUGUUUCCAGUCAUCUGCUGCCUCGUGGUUCUAUACUCAUUCACGGAACGUCACAUCAGCGACACGAGAAAGCCUUGUCCGCUGGACGUCGCGUCACUGCCGUCUUCCGUCAGUUUCGAGUGGUUUACUCCGCUAAUUCUAACUGGCUUUCGCAAGACGCUCAAGGUCGACGACCUCUUCGCGGUGUCAAAGAAGCUCAAAACUGUCAAUAACUACACCAGAUGGAUGUACAAAAAUGACGAGACCAUCGAGGGCCAUCGGCUAGUCCUGUCCCUUUUUAGGACUUACUGGCUGACUAUACUCGCUACUUGCGCUAUGAUGCUGCUUUUCACACUCUUUAGGACAUUGCCCCCUGUCCUGCUGACUCUGAUUAUCAGGUACGUCUCUUCUAAGCAAGAGACGUGGAAGGGCUACAUCUAUGGUGUCUCCAUCUUCGUGGCGGGCAAGAUAGGCAUGACGCUGCUUCGUCACUGCGACUUUCACUUUGUAUUGCUCGGCUUACAAAUCAAAGGCAUCCUUGUGAACGCGGUCUACAAGAAGACCCUUCGCAUCGCUAGUGCUUCGCUCAGCAAGUACACAAUCGGUGAGAUCAUCAACUUAAUCACGGUGGACGCUGACAAGGUCUACCAGACGUCUCUUUUGAUGGGCCAGGGUUUGACAGCGUUUUUUAUGUCUAUCACCGUAACAAUAUGGCUCUGGCACUUUGUGGGACCCUCUGCGCUUGCGGUGCCUGUAGUGACGCUGACCCUCAUUCCCUUAACAGCAGGACUCACUCGUGUCUGUAGUGGGUUACAGCAAGGACUAAUGAUCCUAAAGGACAGUCGACUAAUGUACGCUGGCGAGGCACUAGGGAACAUCAAGAUCCUUAAGUUUUACGCUUGGGAGGUGCCUUUCAUGGAGCAUAUAUUUGAUCUACGCGAUCAAGAGGUGGCGACACUGAAAAAAUACACCACUCUGGCAGCCUUCAUGAGACUUUUUUGGUUUACGUUACCAUUCAUGCAGUCCCUCGCCGUUUUUUCAAUCUACAUGUUCGCGAGUGGGUUGACCACACUGGACAUCGAAACCGGCUUUGUGACCAUAACACUCUGCAACAUGCUUCGACAGUCACUGGCUGUCUGCCCUGACGUCAUUUCCAAUCUGAUUCAGACACGAGUCGCGUUCCAGCGCAUUGGAGAGUUUCUGGAUGCUGACGAGAAAGAUUCAGAACUUGUCGGUAACAACCCAGGAUCCGGAGUUGCUAUUCGUAUCGACAAUGCCUCUUUCGCGUGGUCCACCGCCACGGACGCUCCGCCGCUGCUUAAAAACAUCAAUCUGACCGUAACCAAGGGACAGCUAGUGGGAAUCUUCGGGCUGGUGGGCGCUGGAAAGUCUUCCUUACUCAACGCGAUGCUGGGCGAAAUGUGUCUUAUUGAAGGUACAAUUGACAUUGAAGGAUCGGUCGCCUACGUGCCGCAGAGAGCUUGGAUCAUCCACGGUACCAUCCGCAAAAACAUCACCUUCAUGAAUGAGUACGAGAAGUACUUUUAUAGGAAGGUCGCGGACAAGUGUUGCCUCAAAAGCGACUUCGACAUGCUUAUGGAUGGUGACCAGACUGAGAUUGGUGAAAAGGGCGUGAACUUGAGCGGCGGGCAACGCCAGAGAAUCAGUCUGGCCAGGGCAGUCUACCUUGACAAGGACGUGUACUUACUCGAUGACCCGCUGAGCGCCGUCGACGCCCAAGUUGGCUCCAAGAUCUUCAGCAAGGUGAUAGGUCACCGUGGGUUGUUGCGGGAAAAAACGAGGAUAUUCGUCACCAACAACUUGAGCCUCCUGAAAUUAGUUGACGUGGUGGUCUUCAUGCAAAAUGGCAGGUUCUCAGAUUACGGCAGCUUCUCCGAACUUAUGGCCAAAGGUGGCGACUUCGCGAAGGUCGUCACGGAGCAUUCGAAAAUACCACACGAAGAAGAUAGAAGGGACAGUUGCGGACCCGUUGCUCGCGUACUGAGCCUCAUGAGCGACAGUGCGGUGGAAUUCACCGUGACCGGGACAGGGGCAACGAGAGCAAACGCCCUGGUCGGCGCGGAGGUGGCCCAGGUUGGCUCUAUCCAGAGACACGUUUAUACAAACUACGUGAACCACAUGGGCACCACCUUUCUCCUCGUCGCGUUUACUGGUUACAUUCUUUGUAGAGUCUUCGACGUCAGCGCGGGACUUUGGAUUGGAAGCUGGAGUAGGGACGCGCAACUUCCCAAAGAAGAGCAGACCGUCGCGAAAAGAACCACCCGAAUAGUGGUGUUUGGCGCCAUUGGAUUAUUCAUGGGCAUGUUCGCUUUCCUGGGCACAUCGAUGCUGUCCGUGGGAGCUGUGAGGGCCUCAAGAACACUACACGAAAAUAUGCUCAGGUGCCUAUUUGAAGCUCCCAUGUCCUUUUUCGACACAACUCCCCUAGGUCGGAUCCUCAACAGAGUCGGUAAAGACGUUGAUCAACUGGAUAUUCAACUUCCAAUGAUGGCGAACAUGUUCUUUGAAUUAUUCUUUCAGUUACUUGCUAUGAUCAUUCUUAUCACCGUCGUUUUGCCGUCGUUUCUCAUAGCCGCUGUGCCGCUCACAAUGCUCUACCUGUUCAUGCGCAAGCUUUACCUCAAGACACUGCGACAGUUGAAGCGUCUGGAAUCCAUCACUAGAUCGCCAGUGGUCAAUGCUUUCGCCGAAACACUCGAUGGACUUAGCAGCAUCAGGAGCUACGGUGCCGAGGAACUCUUCAUCGAUGGAUUUUUGACAGAGGUUGACAAGACCCAAAACUGCUCUUUUUUCCUCCUUAUUUCUAAGCUGUGGAUGAUUAGUCGUUUAGACGUUAUAGGCUGCACGAUGAUUCUGGUCACCGCCUUCCUGAUAGUAUAUUGGAGAGGCCAGAUGGCGCCCGGUACGGCCGGUGUGAUUCUCUCGUACAUGCUCACAUCAACAUUUGCCUUCAACAACCUGAUUCAUUUUGCAGCGGAGGCAGAGGCAGCCAUUGUGUCUUCGGAACGGGUCGAAGAGUACUCGAAGAUCGAGGGCGAAGCUCCGCGUCGCGUGGACCCGAGUCCUCCAGAAGACUGGCCACAGAAAGGAGUCAUCACCUUCGUCAACUUCAGCGCUCGUUACCGAGACGGGCUUGGACUGUGCAUCCGCGACGUCAACCUGGAGUUCGAAGCGGCCGAGAAAGUUGCGAUAGUAGGACGGACAGGCGCCGGGAAGUCGACGAUGACCUUGGCCCUCUUCAGAAUCCUGGAAGCAGCUAAGGGAAGCAUUCUCAUCGACAAUGUCGACAUAUCUAAAGUGGGGCUGCACGACCUGAGGUCCAAGCUGACCAUCAUUCCCCAAGAUGCCAUCCUGUUCAGCGGCACAUUACGCAUGAACUUGGAUCCCGAAGAUCAGUUCGAGGACAUCGAGUUAUGGGACGUCCUGGAAAGGACCAAGCUCAAAGGUCGCUUUCCAGAAGGACUUGAGACACCUAUCUCAGAGGGAGGGCACAACAUCAGUGUGGGCCAAAGGCAGCUGGUCUGUCUGGCUAGGGCCGUGCUCAAGUCGACCAAAAUUCUGAUCUUGGACGAAGCCACAGCGGCAGUGGACGUCGAGACAGACGCGCUGAUUCAAAGAACCAUCAAAACGGUGUUCAGAGACAGCACCGUACUAACCAUUGCUCAUAGGUUAAAUACUAUUUUGGAUUCGGAUAAGAUCGUUGUUAUGGCAGACGGUGAGGUCAUUGAGGUGGGUUCACCGGCGAAGCUCUUGGCCGACCCAACAACAGAGUUUUAUUCAAUGGCAAAAGAGUCAGGUAUUGUGUGA